GCCAUUUUGAAACAAUACUAUAGAAAUCAUAACACAGCAUGUACAAUAUUACAAUAACCAAUAAAUGAUUCAGUUGAUCAAUCAACUACAUUUGGAAAGUAUAAAACGAAUGUCAAAUUAAGGUUUUUGUCAUUAUUUUCCCAUGAUCGCCAUUAUUGAACUUGAAAUAUAUAUCCGAUCAAUGUAUUCGAACCAUAUCUAAUGCACGUCAUGGCUAGGACAAAAAGGUCAAGGUCGAAAAACAUGAGUAGAUCUAAGGUGUGUAGAAUAUUCAAAGAGCUCCAUAGGACAAGGCAGCAUGUUUUCAGUGGAGAUCUGGAAGCUCAGACAAAGGGAAGACUUAAAAUAAAUGAAGAAUUCAAGAAAAAUAAAGAUGAAACAGAUCCUGAAAAAAUAGAAAAGCUUAUAAAGACUGCCAAUGGUGCCAAUGACUACUUGAAGAAAAUGAUAGUGCAAGCAGUGAAGGUUAAAGAUGACACAUAUGAGGUUAAACUGACCAAGGAGACAGUACUACAGAAAAAUGCAGAAUUGAAAAUAUCAGCAGAGGACAUUGCACGAGCUAGAAAAGCAAAAUCAUCAAAACAAAGCUAGCAAUAGAAGUAUAAUAGACAUAGGAGUAUUUAAAUUGGA